CGGAACUGAACGGUACCGUGAACUGGAAGUUCUUUCAUUUUAGCUGAAGAACGAAAAUUGUCUGCUUAUUUUCUCCAUGAUGUCUGUUUGAGGACCAAAAGCAUUAAACCAACUUGUAUGUGUGGAAUGAAAGAAUCCGUGCUGCCCAGCGAGAGACCGGGAACAUAUCUGUUAAAGACUGACCGUGAACAGCGCCGUUAAACGGAGCCGUUAAACGGAGCCGUGUUUUCCGUCCUGGAAGAAGCUUUGCUGUGCCAUCACACACUGGAAGCUAACUUCGCGUUAGCUGUCUACCGAACUGUGAUAGUGUCGCACUCGUCACGAAUAUCCAACGAGACGGGAGCUCAUCAGUUGGAGCAGACGAAGACAGGAGGAGUUGCAGGGAUUUGAGCAUCCCUCAUCACCAUCGGGCCCUGAGAUGACAUCACAGCAGCCACAGCUCCCCAAUGCUGUCAUUCCUCCCCACCUCGCCCAGAACUCCUCUGCUCAGCAGGCACGGCCCCACAUUCAGGCUAAUCAACUGGACUCAAGUCAGAGCGGUGCAACUGCCGGGCCUCUGGACCACAGAGCUCUAACAGGCAGGCCGGGCUGCUCCGGUGUGGCAGCAACCAGCGGGGUGGUGGCCAACAGGAACGUUUCUGCCUCCUGCGCCAACUCCAGCUCGUCUAGAAGAGAUCGGGGCUUUGAGCCGUGGCCUGAGGAAGCAGUAGAUAACUCACACGGGCUGUACUCACUCCACCGCAUGUUCGACAUAGUCGGAGCCCAGCUGACGCAUCGGGAUGUCAGGGUGCUGUCAUUCCUGUUUGUCGACGUGAUUGACGAGUACGAGCGUGGUGGCAUCAGGAGUGGAAGGGAUUUCCUGCUUGCCCUAGAGCGCCAGGGUCGCUGUGAUGAGACCAACUUCCGACACGUUCUCCAGCUUCUAAGGAUUAUCACCCGUCACGACCUACUGCCUUAUGUCACACUCAGGAAACGACAGGCUGUGUGCCCAGACCCCGUUGACAAGUACCUGGAAGAGACAUCCGUGCGCUACAUUUCUCCAAGAGGAGCACUACAGGGCAAGGACACUGCGCCUCACAGAAGAACAGGUCCUCAGCCAGUCAUUUGCUGUUCCCCAUCAGGACCCCACGUGGGCCCCCCCCGAACAAAGCCAGCUCCUCCUGUACCUAACCGCAAACGGAGGAGAAGUCAUUCCUCAGCUGACUGCAGAGAGAAGCAAACAUGUGAUAUCCGCCUCCGGGUUCGUGCUGAAUACUGCCAGCAUGAGUCUGCACUUCAGGGCAACGUCUUCUCCAACAAGCAAGAGGCAGUGGAGCGACAGUUUGAGCGCUUCAACCAGGCAAACACUAUCCUCAAAUCCCGAGACUUGGGCUCCAUCAUCUGUGACAUCAAGUUCUCUGAGCUCACCUACUUGGAUGCCUUCUGGAGGGACUACAUCAAUGGAUCAUUGCUAGAGGCCCUCAAAGGGGUCUUUAUCACAGAUUCCUUAAAGCAGGCGGUGGGCCAUGAAGCUAUAAAACUGUUGGUCAAUGUUGACGAGGAGGACUACCAGGCUGGUCGACGCAAACUGCUCCGCAAUUUGGUCACAAGUGGAGGGAGCCCACCAGGAGCUAGCAAAGACUGUGUAUCUUAGAAACUCUCUAGGUGGUAGUAUACGGGAGGAACGCUGCUGUGACACCCCCCCCCACCCCCAUAGAGUGAGAUGUGGUUGUUUGAGGUGCCUGAAGUGUGUGCCUGAAAGGAACUAAAGAACUUCAAGCCACCGCGUUAAUUCCUUGAGAGCUGAGGUCGUAAGGUAUCUACUCGGCACCCCUAAGCGUAGCAUGCGAGGUGACUGGGAACUAUGUUAGCAAAGAGAAGCAGGCGAUGCAUACAGGUUGACACUAAUUUAAAUGUUGAGCUGUAUGCUAAUUCAUAUGUGCAUUGAUAAUUUCUUGUUUCUGGUAUGUUAGCACAUUGAAACACAUUUGUUAACUCUAAUGAUACUCUUCACCCCUUUUCAGAAGUGUAGUUAUUUUCAAUACAGGAAACAUGCUCAACGCUGAGUUACUCCCAGUGGGAGUUGUACCUUAUUGUCAAACUGGUUCAUCUUUUUUCCAGGUUUUCCAGGUACGUUACAGAUUGAUUGGAUUAACCCAAUGAGACAGUGUUCUGUAUGUUAUAGAAAGACGCAGCUUGUAGUUGACUUAAAAUUAGUUUUUCUAUUUCUUUCAGCUUAUUAUGCUACUUUCCCAAGACUUGUAGACUCCUUGUCUGUAGAGUCUGUCUUUUGGCUCAUAUUUGAUCACUGUUUAUGUCAUUGUGUCUCGGCUUUGUUUUAACUAAGUUGUUUUACAACAUGGCUCCUUACCAGCAGCUGUGAUUCUGGCCUAAUUUGACAUUUCAGUUCAGUCACUGCCAAUAUUUAAAACGUUGUGGAUCGUUCUAAUGUGUCAAAUCUUAUCCAAUGAAACAUUGAGUCAUUGUCUGGUGUUUUAGAUUUGUGUGCAUUUGCAAAUCAUUGCCAGUUUCAUUGUCAGCCUGUACCUCUGGUCCUGUGCUCACUCAGCCUCUCACUUGUGUUCACUCAUCAUAUAACACUGAACGUUUGAAAUGGCACUCAAUAACAAUUCAACAGCAGGUAAAAAAACUCACAGCCAGUGUUGAGUCAUUUCAGUCGUGCCUGUAGUAAGAUGCCAGAACAAAUCGAAAUAAUUCACAGGGCUUGUUUUUGUGAAAAUAUUUCACCCAGCUGUAGUUGAACUGCCACAUUAAAUCCUUAGCAGUCUUUUCUUUGCAUGUGUCACGCCCCUCUGGUGGAUGAGGAUGGUCACGUACUUAAACUGUAAUAAACCUCUAACUUCUGCUAGCUCUCCCUCCCAGCAAAUAAAAAAUGCAGCAGAGAGAAUCAAGUAGUGGCCGCAUGGCCUUGUGGCUACAGAGUGUAUGACACAGGAGGUAAUACCAACCAGAGCUAACUGAGCUAACCAGCCACAAGCCGCUGCUGUCAGACCUUCUGUGUCCGUGCUGGAAACACAGUCACUAGAAGCAAAUUAGUUUGUAAAAGUUUCUGUGUGCUACCUGUGUUGUACCGUUAGUAGCGGCUAGCGGCUGAGACAUGCUAACUCUCUGGUGUCUGUCAGGCUACGUAGCAGGCCACAGUCUGCAGAGUGAGAUGUUGCUUUCAUAGGAGGGAGCAGCUGGUAAUGAAAAGCUGCAACGUCACCUGUCUCCAGAUCAGCCAAUAGUGAAAUUGCAAUAUGUCGAAUUCAAAUAGUUUGCACAAAAAUGUCCAGAUUUGGACCUGAAUCAGUCGAUCAACACUACUAAAUACCCAUACACAUAGGAUUUCAGCUGGAAAUCUUAAGUGGUUUGGGGAUUAAUGACUCCUUAAAAAGCAGUAAAAGCAGGUGUUGCAAUCACUUCCUCACGGUAUCUUUCUCUCUAAGGCUCCACAGGCAUCCAGCAACCGAACUGGGGAUUGUUUUGUUUAGGGUUUGAAACAGGAAAAAAUAGUACUGUGCAGGCCACACAUAAUAGUAAGGUAUAUAGCAUGUAAAUCCUCUACAGUUUAGUGCAGAUCUUAAACAGUGAUAUGCUUCUAGUGGCAGAAGACAAUGUUUACAGUGUCAUCUUAAACUAGCCAAAAGGUGAGUUUUUAUUUAUAUAUAUAUAUAUAUAUAUAUAUAUAUAUAUAUAUAUAUAUAUAUAUAUAUAUAUGGUAUCCAUGGAAUGAGGUGGAUCAACAGGUGACGUUAGGUUUGGUGGGAGCCUGUGAGAAGCAUGUGUUGACAGUAUUACUGAUGAUAACUUUGCAGUCAUGGAAUACACUCAGUUAUAAGGCACACCUUCUUGUUUUUUGGAUGCCCCCCUGAACAGCACCAAAUCUUUGGCAUGGAAUCAUGGAGACUGCUUUAUGUCGACAUGAUAGCCUCAUGCAGUGGCCUCAGAUUAAAUUAGCUGUACUCUCACCUAAACUGGAUUUAUUUUUUCUCCAGGCUGCAGGGUUUCAACAAGGCUGGUGAUACAAUAACUCGGCUCAUCUGAGAUCAUGUAUAGCUGUGUCAGGAGAUGAGUAGCUUAUACGGGUUUGUACACAUUCAUCCCAUACCGCUUGUUUUUUUUUAACAACUUUUUUUUGUUCAUUAGUGUUGCAGUGUCAGCAAGCUUCAGAAAUUAAACAUUAAGUAAUUAAAGUUCUUGACAUAGUUAGCCAAGAGUCUGCCAUUAAGUGCCGUCGAGCCCCCCCUCUACUGUAGUUUGUGUGGUGUCACCCUUUAUCAACAGCUAACUGAUCAUGUAUUAUAAGAAGUUGAUAAUAAAUCACUGAUUUCACCCUUUAGUGCAGAUUAUCCAUAUAUUUGCCUCUACCUGUCAUUUUCUUGCAGAGGAAAAACACUGUGCCAAUGCAAAGCAAAACUCAGUUCCAGUAGCAGUUUUUAAAAGUGUUUAAUUGGAUUAACGGUGGAGUCAAAAUGGUGAACUUGUUUUGAUUUGUUCAUCUUGUGAUAUUUAGAAUUAGGAAUACAGACCACUACUGCCGGGCUACCAUGUUUCCAUGCUUGUUGGCCAAGUGGCUGUAGGCUGUUUCUGUGCUGUGUUCAAGUGCAACGUUAAACAAAAACGAGAGUCGACGAACCUUAUCACCCAACAGACUGUCAUUAUUGGACGAUCCUGCAUUAUGUUCAGCAACAUCCUUCUAAUUGUUGCUUUCUGCAAUAUCUGAGCACUAACUAGUAUGUUGUGAUUGGAGUGAGACUGGUUAUGUUUAAUAAAUGAGCUAAAGUCAGUUGCAGGUCUGUGAUUGGAUGCCAUUUCUAGCCUCCUGUAUCAGAGUCAGACACAUGCCCAUAAUUUAUUCUGACCUCCAUACACUCACUGCUUGAGUACCUGCAUAAAAGACACACUACUUUCUACAUUGGCAUUUGACUUAAAUCGCCAUGUGCAUAAUCCUCCAGUAGCUUUUUUUGCAGUCACAUGAAAUUCAGAUGGAGGGCAGGAAGUGACAGCAGAAUGGCUGAGAUGGAGGUUGUGCUGUACUCGUUUAAAUGAUAUUUUAGAGAAAGGUACAAACAGAAUCACAACGCAUGUGUUUAAAGUGAUUCAGGAUUUGUCAACUGAAUUCAAAGACUUGCCCUUUCUGUUGCGGAACUGAAUUCAUUAUGUGGCCACCAGACUCCUUUAGAAAAAACUUUUGGAAAACAACUUUUGGUACUUGAUAAAAGCUCCUCGUCGCUUAUGCCAGUGGUUCCCAACCUUUUUCCUUAAGGGACCCUUUUCUAUCAUAAACUGAUGACCCCUCACUAAGUAACAUAUUUUAUGGAUAUUUCAUAUUAUAUUAAAAACUGUACAAUGAACCCAAACAGUGAACUAAGUAACUGCAGGAAGUUUGUGUUUUUUUUUAUACAAUUCUGUCUGUAUUAUGUAUUUUUUAAAUCAUUUUUAACAAUCAUACAGACUUAAUAGGCUUCUUUUUUUGGGACAAAUUCAGUGUUUUCUUGAUCCUGAUGCUUGGCCAUUGUUCUGUGCGACAAUUUACAUUUACAUUUCUUCACAGAAGUGAGCCUACUGUGUAUAUUUUUCUUCACUUCACUUCUUACACCCCUCAAAAUCUAAAAGGCCUUACGACCCCCCCAUGAAGCUUUGGCGACCCCCAGUGGGGGUCCAGACCCCAAACGGGGGGAACCACUGGCUUGCACAAAAAAGACAUUUUGAGAGCUUGCAAUAGCUCUUCCAGUGUAGAAAAUCACUUCUUGCCUUCCAUCUGGAGUGUGUACCACACAAAAACAAAGAGCUGUAUGGACACAGUUAGUAGGGAUACUGAGCUGGAGUCGACACCGAUGCCAAGGGAGCGCUGUAUUUAUACAUUUUACAAUUCUGCAAAUUGCGUGUUUUAAAAAGAGGAAAGAAGUUGACACCUUGAAAUGUCAUUAUUGGUAUAAGCUGACUGAUUAUGACUCAGUGCAAACUAAAAGUACCUUUGUUUUGGUUUUGUGAUGAGAUUAUUUUGUAACAGGAGAAGAUUACAGACUGAAUGUCAUUUUAGUAAGAAUCGUCAUUUGAAAUGCCAGUCUAAUGCUAACAUUUGACAUUUUUCCUUAAUUCCUCUGUUACUCAGUGCAUAGCCAAAUGGUUGACAUAAAAGAAAUCUGUGUACCCUAUUUAAAGUUCAGUGUAUGUUUUUACCAAAUAUAUUCUUCCCGCUAAAGCCCUAUCUUAUCUCUGCUAUCAUACCAUCCACGGGUGUAUCAGAAAACGCAAGUCAUGAUGGACAGGCCACUAUUACUGUGAAUUAUAUAGAGCAGGCCUACAUUUUAUAUUUUUACCCCCAGUGGAACUUUAUGUAAAGGUUGCAAGUUAGUAUCUAUUAUAUAGGUUGGUGUAUGUUCUGUUGAUUGUAUGUUCUGUUAGUUAAAUGCAGCUGUCUCGCAAAAUUUGCAUGUAACCUUUUAUGAUCUCCAGAAAUGUCCUAGAAACUCACAGUGCUAACAUUUUGUAAAUAACUUUAUUGGAUGUCAGGUUUUUCUUACUUCAAUUUUGCAUUUCUUUCAGAAAACAGACAAGUAGGACUGUUAAUAAAUGAAAUGGAUGGGUUUUGUUCAAGUCCCAGCCCUUAUUAUUUUUUUUAUGUCACAUGGCACAUAUGAAAACAGAUCUUUUGGUGUACAAUGUCAUGGGAUGUGGCUUCCUGAUAGAUUAUUCGGCUACACCGCUUUGACACACAAGCCCUGUGUAUGAUGCAUUUCAAUACAUGUUCAGAGUGUAUAUGAUCAUUAGCCUUGUCCUCAUUCCCUUCACUCAUCUCUUCCUCCUCAGCUCCUCACACUAAUGAUUUGAGGGAGACAAAUUAGGCAGAGCAACUUUAAUCAACCACGAAUGUUGCUGCAGAGACAUGAAUGUAAUGUACGUGAGUGUGAACCGUACUCUGCCAUUACGACGGUAUUUCUUUCAACACAUACGAUCAAUGAAAUUAUAUAAUAUUUGGUGGUUAGUCCUGUUGACCAAUAAAAGUAAAAUUUGCUGUGUUUCUAUAUGCCAUGGGUACUCUGCAGCCAGUUAAUUUAUUGAUUGUCAGACUGAGCUUUGACUAACCACUUCUACAGCAGGUCCGCUGUCAGUCAGUAUGAUACAACUUUGCGCAAAAAAUGGAUUAAACAACAUUUCUGAAAAUA